UUAAGGAAAAAUAAUUAGAAGGGUUUUAAACAACAAGCAUGGACACCAUUAUUAUUGCCUUUCUUGUUAUCUCAUUCUCUUCUAUACAUAUUGUUCUUUCCGGACCUAUAUUUAAAUUUCAAAAGCUUGAUUUACCAUCAACUUCAACAGGCCCUGAAACCAUUACCUUUGACUCCGUUGGUAGAGGACCAUAUACUGGCAUAUCUGAUGGUAGAAUUGUCAGAUAUAAUGGAUCUAAUUUUAUUGAAGUUUACAUCACUUCACCAAAUAGGUCGAGUUUAGUGUGUGAUGGGAAAAAUAAUCCAGCUAUUUUUGGACGAAAAUGUGGGAGACCAAUAGGAAUUGACUUCCAUUAUGACAAAAAUCUUUUGUAUAUUACAGAUGCUUAUAAAGGACUUCUAGUGGGAACUGAUAAAAGACUUGCAGUACAACUAGCCACUGAAGCAGAAGGGAUGCCUUUUAAAUUUCCUGACGGCUUAAACGUUGACCAACUCACUGGAAAUGUUUAUUUCACAGAUGCUAGUUCUGUUUACGAACUAAGCCAAUUGCCAAUAGCAGUUCUAUUAAAUGACAGUACAGGAAGAUUACUAAAAUACAACCCCAUAACAAAUAAUGUAUCAGUGCUUCUAAGGGGGCUUGGUGGAGCAGCUGGAGUGGCAGUAAGUUCCGAUGGCUCGUUUGUUCUUGUAACUGAGUACAUAACCAAGAGAAUUCAAAAAUUUUGGCUAAAGGGUCCUAUGGCUUUUAAAUCACAAGUUAUUAUCAACCUCCAAGGCAGGCCUGAUAACAUUAAGAAGACUCCUACAGGAGACUCUUUUUGGGUGGCAGUCACCACAAUGAAUCUUAUUGGUCGAACUAUCCCUACAGCUAUAGAGAUUACUGGAAAUGGUACCAUUUUGCGUACCCUGUCUCUUGACCACUAUUAUUUCGGCACCCCUAUUAGUGAAUUUAACCAGCGUGGCUCGUACUUUUAUGCUGGAUCUCUUCAAGCUAAUUUUGUUGGUUUGUUAAGCUAAAGAAAGGGUUACAUAUAUAUAUAUAUAUAUAUAUGGUCAAUAAUGUUUUCGUGUUGUUACAAUUUGAAAAUCUUGCGAGAUGUAUAAGAAUCGAGCAAUAUCUAAAUAAGUUGUUGAAAUAAAAGAUAAAUUACAUUAA